AUGCCGAUUAAUCAACCAUCAGGUCAAAUCAAAUUGACGAACGUAUCGUUAGUCAAGCUAAAGAAAGAGAGAAAGAGAUUUGAAAUCGCCUGCUAUCAAAAUAAAGUUCAAGACUAUCGUAAAGGUAUCGAAAAGGACCUUGACGAAGUGUUGCAAAUACAUCAAGUGUUUAUGAAUGUCUCCAAAGGACAAGUUGCAUCGAAGGAGGAUUUGCAAAAAUGUUUCCGAACAACCAACGUCGACGACAUCAUUAAGGAAAUUAUGAUGAGAGGUGAAAUUCAACUUUCUGAAAAAGAAAGACAACUGAUGUUGAACAAAAUUAAUAAUGAGAUGCUAACAAUUAUCAGUGCUAAGUGCAUCAACCCAAAUUCCAAAAAGAGAUACCCACCUACAAUGAUUCAUAAAGCGCUAAGUGAGCUAAAAUUUAGUCCUGUGGUGAAUAAACCGGCUAAGUUACAAGCUCUCGAAGCCAUAAAAUUACUAACCACGAAACAAAUCAUUCCAAUUGCUAGAGCCAGAAUGAAGGUUAAGAUUGUCCUAAAAUCAAAUGAAGAACCUGUACUAAUCGAAAAGAUCCAGAAAAUAGUUGUUAGCGGACCAACUGCAAGUGGAAUACAGGAUACUAAUAAUAGCUGGACGACAGUAGGUCUUAUCGAUCCUGUCAAUUAUCGAGAUUUGGUGAGCCUCUGUGAUGGGAAAGGUUCCUUACAGGUCAUCGAUAUGGCUGUCAUUGAUGAUUCCCAGUAA